AUGGCUAAAGGGAAUAAAGAUUUCCAGCGAAGGAUUGUGUCCAAGGAUGGGCACAACAUGGUAAGGAUCGAUAACGUGGAGGGCAUGGUCAAGCUGUACCUGCACGACAUUUGGACGACUGUGGUGGACAUGAAGUGGCGCUACAAACUCACCUUAUUUGCCUCCACCUUUGUCAUGACCUGGUUCAUCUUUGGGGUCAUCUUUUACUUCAUUGGAAUGGGCAACGGAGACUUUGAGCCAGAUUUAAAUUCUACCCACACUCCAUGCCUGAUGAACGUGGAAACGCUCACUGGAGCCUUCCUCUUCUCUCUAGAGUCACAGACCACCAUUGGUUAUGGUUUUCGUUACAUCUCUGAAGAAUGCCCUCUGGCCAUCUUUACUCUGGUGGCUCAGCUUGUCAUCACUGGACUGGCUGAGAUCUUCGUUACCGGUGCCUUUCUGGCCAAACUAGCUAGACCCAAGAAGCGAGCGGAGACCAUCAAGUUCAGCCAGGUGGCGGUGAUCUGCAAGCACCAAGGAAAGCUGUGUCUGAUGGUGAGGGUGGCCAACAUGAGGAAGAGCCUCCUGAUCCAGUGCCAGCUAACAGGAAAGCUCCUUCAACCCUACGCGACUGAGGAGGGCGAGAAGACGCAAGUCCAUCAGAGCUCUGUUGAUUUCAACAUGGACUCCGGUGGCGAGUGCCCCUUCCUUAUCCUCCCUCUCACCUUCUAUCACGUCCUAGACCAGCACAGCCCGCUGGCAGGACUGACGGCAGAAAACCUGAAAACGCGUAGGUUUGAGUUGCUCAUCACCCUCAAUGCCACCAUGGAGUCGACGGCAGCCACGUGUCAGAGACGUACCUCCUACAUCCCUGACGAGAUCCUGUGGGGUUAUGAGUUCAAACCUGUGCUGUAUAGCACCCCCAGUGGACGCUUUGUGGCAGACUUCAACUUUUUUGACAAGGUGCAAAAGAGCAGUGAUCCAGACUUCCACAGCGACAGUUCAGAAAAGCUGAAACUCGAGAGGGACUUCAGGGAGGAAUAG